AUGGAAGAUUAUAUCGCUGUCUAUCAAAAAGGCGAUGUCUCGCAAUGUAAAGAUAAACGAGGCACGACUAGUACUCGAAAAUUAGAUGAUUCUGACAUUAUUGUUCAUAUACAAAGCUUUCCCGCGUACCAAAGCCAUUACACAAGAAAAAGUAAUCCUAACCGGAAGUUUUUAAAUCCUGGGCUAACUAUUCGACAGAUGUACGAUCUACAUAAAGAAAAAUUUUUGACUGAAAUGACAGAACCUAAAAAAUUAAAAUAUUAUAAUAAAGUUUUUAACACCAAGUUUAAUCUACAUUUCAAGGCACCGCACCAGGAUACAUGUAAGACUUGCGAUAGCUUGAAUUUUAAAAUUAGAGGCACCGAUGACGAGAACGUGAAGAAAGAGUUUGAAGUUCAAAAGGAACUUCAUCAAAGAAAGGCAGAUUCGGCAAGAGAAAAUCUACAAAUUGAUGCUAAAAAGAUUAAUGACGCAUAUGUACUAACCUUUGAUUUGCAGAAAGCUUUAGCUUUCCCAAAAUUAACUACUUCGGUAGGAUACUACAAAAGGAAUCUGUAUUUGUAUACUUUGGGAAUACAUUGUUUUAAUAACAACACAGGGUACAUGAACGUCUGGAAUGAGAUAGAAGGAGGGCGAGAGUCUCAAGACAUUGCAGUCUGUCUCGUGAAACGUUUAAAAACUCACGCGGUAACACAAAAUCACGUCAUCAUGUAUUCCGAUUCUUGCACUGGACAAAAUCGAAACAUUAAGACUACCCUUUCCCAUUUAAAGCUCGUACAAGACCCGGAUACUAGUAUAACCACCAUAGACCACAAGUUUUUAGUGUCCGGGCAUUCUUAUUUGCCUAAUGAUGGGGAAUUUGGGAUAAUUGAGAGCACAAGUCGCCGUCAUGGACACAUUUAUAGCCCGGAUCAAUGGAUUGAGAUCAUAAAAACAGCCAAACGCAAAGAACCACAUUUUGUUGUAACCGAAAUAAAAAAAUCCGAAUUUAUAAGCACUUCGGCAUUAGAAAAAUCUAUUACCAACAGAAAAAAAACAACCUGUGGUUACGACUUCAACUGA